AUUGUGUUUACUCUUUUUGCCACAUAGAUAAAUGUGUGAAGACCGUGAAAUAUCAACCUAAUAUCAGUCAAAACUCGGAUCAAAUUUGUUAUAAAAAAUAAAGUGUUGAAAAGAAGAAAGGAGCAAGGCUCUGGAGUUGAAAUCAAACAGUUUGUCUAACGACAUACUUACAUUAUAACUGUAUUUAAAUUAGAGCAUUAAAAAUAACAAGACAAGUGGAAUUUAAUUCACAAUAUGGCUGAGCGUAAGAAGAACAGGAAACGCAAAGAUGAAAUUCUACCAGGUACAAAACCACCAGUGGAUAAACCAAGUAAAGAAGAAUAUGCUGUUGCAAAAUGGAUACGUAAAAAUGUAAAAUCUAAAAAAACAAAAUUUGCCAGUCAUAAUGUUGAAUAUUUUACUGGUUCACGUGCUGUUGAUGCAUUAGUUGAAAAUUCACCAUGGAAUAAAACUCUAUUUGAAACACGUGAACAAGUUGAUGAAUUUUUAAAUACAAUGUUGAGACAUAAAUUUUUUCAUCGUGCUAAAAAAGUAGUUGUUACUGAAGAAGAAUUAAAUAAAUUACGUGGAUUAAAAAAAAAAGUUAAAGAUUGUUGUCGUGAUGAUAAUAAUAUUAAAAAAGAUAAAGAUAAUGAAAAAGAUAAUAAUAAUGAAUUAAAAGAUAAAGAUGAUGAUACAAUAAAAGAUGUACAACCUAAAAAAAAGCCAAAAGUACGUCUUGAAAUGCAUAUGGAACAAUUUUUUUGUGAUUGUAAUGAUGCAUAUGUUUGGAUUUAUGAACCAAUACCAAUAUAUUAUUGGUUUUUUGGUACACUUGUUGUACUUGGAGCAAUUGGUGUAUGUUUAUUUCCAUUAUGGCCAUUAACAAUACGUCAUGGUGUUUAUUAUUUGAGUGUUGCUGCAGCUGGUUUUUUUGUUUUUAUUAUUGCACUUGUAAUUAUACGAGAAAUAAUAUGUUGUUUGUUACGGGUACUUACAUUUGGUCGACAUUAUCUUUAUCUUCUUCCAAAUCUUACCGAAGAUGUUGGCUUUUUUGCUUCCUUUUGGCCACUUUAUAAGUAUGAGUAUCAUGGUCCUGAUAAUGAUAAAAAUAAAAAUAAAAAGAAAAAACGUAGGAAAGACAAAGAUUCUGAUGGUGAAGAAAAUUUUACUACACAAGGUGAAUCAGAAACAAAUUCAAAUGACAAAAAUAACAAACAAGAUAAUAAAGAUGAUAAAGAGGAUGAUGGUAGUGGUGAAGAUGGAUCAGAAAGUGAAAAAUCUAAUACUGGAAAAGAUUUCGAAAUCGUCCAACACAAUGAACUCGAUAUAUAAAAAUAUAAAUUAUAUAACUGACUUGAAAUAUUAAAUAUCAACUAUUUACAAUGACUAAUUGUCUUUUAUAAAGUAUUUUUCAUUUUUUUUUCUUUAAUUUAACUUAAUCAGUUAAAAGUUUUUUUUUUCUAUAUAAUUUAUUGUCAGUCUUCUCACAAUUUCGAAAAUCAGAAAACAAAAAAUAUUAUGAAAAAUAAUGGAGGACAAAUCAUAAUAGCUUUUCCUAAAAAUUAAUCAGCAUUUAAUACAUAUUUUUCAAUUUUUACAAAUUUUUUAAACAUUAUAAAAAUUAUUUUUUAUUUGACACUUUUUUUACCGAACUCUUGGUUCCUUUUUUUUUUUUUUGAAAAUUUGGUUAAAUGAAAACCGUGGUUAGGCUCAUUAGGAGCAAGGUUUAUUCUGUUUCUAAUAAAGCUCAGUGUUAUUUAAUAAAAUAAAAAAAUUCAUGUACCUAAAUGAAACAUUGGAAUCACUUUUUAAUAACUCAGUUACCUUUCAUUGCUCAUACUGAGAGUUUACAAACAAAUGUAUACCAUAAAAAACAAAAAAAAAAAACGUUUACAAAAAUUUAAAAGUUCUAUAAAUGAAUCUCAUGUUAUUUAGAUUAUUUAAAUAUAAUUGAGCUUUUUUUGACAAUGGAAAUAGUGGACA